UCUCAGCUGUGCAAGCUAGAGAAAAAAAAAAAGAAGUGGCCAGGCGCUAGCUGACACUGACAGGCACACUGCAGCAGACAGCUAGCCUUUUAGCCUUCAGCUAACCAGUAACUACUGCAAACAUGCAGGAAUGGGCGAACCAGCUAUGCGAGAAUCGACAAUUUGGAUCCAAGAUGACGGACUCCAAGUACUUCACCACUACUAAGAAAGGGGAGAUCUUUGAGCUCAAGGCAGAGCUAAACAGUGAUAAGAAAGAGAAGAAGAAGGAGGCUGUGAAGAAGGUCAUUGCAUCUAUGACAGUGGGCAAGGAUGUGAGCGCCCUGUUUCCAGAUGUUGUGAACUGCAUGCAGACGGACAACUUGGAACUGAAAAAGCUUGUCUACCUCUACCUGAUGAACUAUGCCAAGAGUCAGCCAGACAUGGCUAUCAUGGCUGUUAACACCUUUGUAAAGGACUGUGAAGACCCUAACCCUCUAAUCCGGGCCCUUGCUGUGCGUACAAUGGGCUGCAUCCGUGUGGACAAGAUCACAGAGUACCUCUGUGAGCCCCUGAGGAAAUGCCUAAAGGACGAAGACCCAUAUGUGAGGAAGACAGCUGCUGUGUGUGUAGCAAAGCUCCAUGAUAUCAACGCCCAGUUGGUGGAGGACCAGGGCUUCCUUGACACCCUUAAAGACCUCAUAUCGGACUCCAACCCCAUGGUUGUAGCAAAUGCAGUGGCAGCGCUGUCUGAGAUAGCAGAGUCUCACCCCAACAGUAACCUACUGGACCUGAACCCUCAGACCAUCAAUAAGUUGCUGACAGCUUUAAAUGAGUGCACAGAGUGGGGGCAGAUAUUCAUUCUCGACUGCCUGGCCAAUUACACACCUCGUGAUGACCGUGAGUCCCAAAGCAUCUGUGAGCGUGUAACUCCGCGGCUCUCACAUGCCAACUCUGCAGUGGUGUUGUCAGCAGUUAAAGUUUUGAUGAAGUUCAUGGAGAUGCUGCCCAAAGACCUGGACUACUAUGGCACCCUGCUGAAGAAGCUGGCCCCUCCACUGGUCACUCUCCUCUCUGCUGAGCCGGAGUUGCAAUAUGUGGCCCUCAGAAACAUCAACCUCAUCGUACAGAGACGCCCAGAGAUUCUGAAACACGAGAUGAAGGUUUUCUUUGUAAAAUACAAUGACCCAAUAUAUGUCAAACUGGAGAAGCUGGAUAUCAUGAUUCGCCUAGCAUCUCAAGCCAAUAUUGCUCAGGUGCUGGCUGAGCUGAAGGAGUACGCCACUGAAGUGGAUGUGGACUUUGUCCGUAAAGCGGUCAGAGCCAUUGGCCGCUGCGCCAUUAAAGUAGAGCAAUCAGCAGAGCGCUGUGUCAGCACACUGCUCGACCUCAUCCAAACCAAGGUCAACUAUGUGGUGCAGGAGGCCAUUGUCGUCAUCAAGGACAUUUUCCGCAAAUACCCCAACAAGUACGAGAGUGUGAUUGCCACUCUGUGUGAGAACCUGGACUCCCUGGAUGAGCCGGAGGCACGUGCCGCCAUGAUCUGGAUUGUGGGAGAGUAUGCUGAGCGCAUUGACAAUGCUGAUGAGCUUCUGGAGAGCUUUUUGGAGGGUUUCCACGAUGAAAGCACUCAGGUGCAGCUGCAGCUACUGACCGCAAUCGUCAAGUUGUUCCUGAAAAAGCCCACAGAGACCCAGGAGUUAGUGCAGCAGGUGUUGAGCCUAGCCACACAGGACUCUGAUAACCCAGACCUCAGGGACCGUGGCUACAUCUACUGGCGUCUGCUCUCCACAGACCCCGUGGCCGCUAAGGAGGUGGUUCUGGCUGAGAAGCCCCUGAUCUCUGAGGAGACAGAUCUGAUUGAGCCCACACUGCUGGAGGAGCUUAUCUGCCACAUUGGUACUCUGGCCUCUGUCUACCACAAGCCUCCCAGUGCCUUUGUAGAGGGCAGUCGUGGCGUUCAGCAUAAGAGACUCCCUGGCAGUGCUGGAUCUGGGGAGAGUGUUGACAGCCCCGACACAGUUUCUGCUGCUGGAGUUUCUGAGGCGCCCCCUGCUGUCAUCCCAUCCCAGGGAGACCUCCUGGGAGAUCUGCUUAACCUGGACCUGACACCUCCUACCACCUCCGGACCACCUCCAGUCCCCUCCUCUGGGAUGCAGAUGGGUGCUAUGGACCUUCUUGGAGGAGGACUGGACAGCCUGAUGGGGGAUGAGUCUGAGCCGCCACCCAUUCCCCUGCGGACGGACACUCCUCAGUCACCUCAGCUCUCUCAUCAGUCCCCAUCGCCCCCAGAUUACAGCCCCACUGAGCUUGGCGGAGACCUUGGAGGAAGUCCUGCUAUGGGGGCUGCCUUUGGUGCUCCUCCAGCUGUGAUGCCAGCCUCUUUCAGUGCCCCUGUGAGUGGCGGUCUGGAUGAUCUGUUUGAUCUCGGAGGUGGAGUCGGUAUGCCUAUGGGAGCCUACAGCCCCCCUAAAACAAUUUGGCUUCCAGCCAUGAAGGCCAAGGGUCUGGAGAUAUCCGGCACUUUUGCCCGCCGUGCUGGUGUCAUCCAAAUGGAGAUGACCCUCACUAAUAAAGCAAUGAGUGUCAUGACUGAUUUUGCAAUCCAGUUUAACAGAAACAGCUUUGGUCUUGCUCCGGCUGGUCCACUCCAGGUUCUCACUCCUCUUAGUCCAAACCAGACUAUUGAAGUGGCCCUUCCCCUCAGUACUGUGGGACCUGUCAUGAAGAUGGAGCCUCUCAGUAACCUGCAGGUGGCCGUUAAGAACAACAUUGACGUAUUCUACUUCAGCUGCCAGUACCCCAUCAGCAUGCUGUUUGUAGAGGACGGGAAGAUGGAGCGACAGGUGUUCCUCGCCACAUGGAAAGACAUUCCAAAUGACAAUGAGGCGCAGUUUCAGAUCAAGGACUGCCAUCUCAACUCAGAUGCAGCCUCCAACAAACUGCAGGGUAGCAACGUCUUCACCAUAGCCAAGCGUACAGUGGAGGGCCAGGACAUGCUGUAUCAGUCAAUGAAACUCACCAAUGGCAUCUGGGUGUUGGCUGAGCUGAGGGUGCAGGCAGGAAACCCAAACUACACGAUCUCUCUGAAGUGCAGAGCUCCAGAGGUUUCCCAGUGUGUGUUCCAGAGCUACGAGGCGAUUCUGAAGAACUGAAAAACACCGCUACAUCGGCCCGGCCGCUGCCCUCACAGACUCCUGGCACCUUCUCCUGCUCUCCCUCACCUGACCCUCAAAACAUGUUACAACUUCACGGAGGGCAGGAGCCUCUUCCUGCUGUGCUGGGCCUGGAGGCUGCACUCUGUAUGUCAUUAAGCUGUUUAAUUAGGAUGGUUAAUAAUGAUUUUUGUCCCAUUUUGACCCCAUCAGUGAUUGCCCCCCCCUGAGACUGCAGAAAUUUCUGGUUCACUGCCUUUGGCUAUUCUGUCCCCUCUUUGUACGUUUGUUCACAGACAAUUUUCAGUUUCAGGACAAGAUAGAUUUUCUGAAUGAACACUGUCACCCUGAGCAGGUCCUCCACUCGUCCCUGCGUGGGCCACCUUGUGAUGACCUUUAUUCUUUUGGAGACAGACGGCUGUAUGACUUGUAUUCCUGUGACUGUUUCCUCUGCAUGAGCCUCUUUAAUCAUCAUCUAGCCCCAUUUCUCUGCAAAUUGGAGUCUAUUUUUAGUGUCUGCAAUCAGCAGGUGAAUCAUCACUGUCGGCGUAUUUAUUUAGGGAUCUUUCGAAUAAAAUGCGGCCCGAAAAAAGGCUUUAACUCUCCCUCCGCCUGUGUGAAGAGCAAGGUGGCUGUCCGGGCCUUAGAAGAGACACAUAAAUACUUACAAACUACACUAUUGUUGUCUUUGUCAUUUUGUAGAGUUUUCCUUUGUGUCAGUAGUUAGCAGUGGGAUCGGAUCCUCUGCUAUCCCUGAAAGCAGUGUCUGACGUGUGCUUGGAAUCUGUUGGUGUGUGUUUUUUCUUUUGAUUUUUACAUCAAUAUCUGGACAUUUUAUAGACUAGCAGCAGUCGUCCACUGCCUGCUCUCUUACUUAGUCAUUCCAUGGUUUAAUUUGUGUUUGUAGUCUUGUUAGUGUACAUGUGGCAAACUGGGAGAGAGCCUCAGGUGUGUCGGUGACAGCCACCAGCGAUCUCUCUGCUCCUCUGCAUCCUCAUAGCAGCUUUUGGAGUACCAUGGCCACCUGAGAUGAAGGCUCAGGUGAGAUCUCUCUAAACUCAUGAUGUCAUGGUUUACUUCUGAGUAAUAAGUGUGCGUGCAGGUAGCAGGUGUCUUAGCUGAAAGAAGGCUAGAACAACAUCCAGUGUCCUUGUUUUACCUGCAGACUCUGAGUCAUUACACUGAAGCCCUUUUUAUCGGCUCUACAGGAUGUAUGCACUUUAACACCUUGUAAAGAUUACAACAGAGGUGCCUGUGUAUUCUGAGUGUGUGUCUUUGUGUGAGGUGACAGCUGAUUCAUAUGAAAUGCUGUAAAAAAAAAUUUAAAAAAAGAAAAUGAAAUGUUUAAUCAGAUGCUCUUGAUUUACAUGAUUUUGUUCAUUGUGUGUACAUCAUUUGAAGAAGAACUAUUAAAAGUUGAUGAAUUCA